AUGACGGAGGAGGUUUUGGCCGUCGAGGAGCGAUCCUACUUGGCACGCAAACUUCCCCUGGUCAAGUUAUCUGCAUAUCAGGCAAAGUUUAUUUGCGAGGGCAUUGGAUCCUUUGUUUUUGUGAUGACUGUCUCUUUGGCAGAGAUGAAUUGCGGCAUCACCUCCAUUAAUGGGAAGGACCGUACACGCAACCUUGCCCCUAUUGCGGAGGGUUUUAUGCUAUGUGUGCUGGUGUUUGCAUUUGGCUACAUAUCGGGGGGCCAUUUUAACCCUGCCGUGACUUUCUCAGCGAUGCUUAUCCGGGCUAUGCGGUUGGAGGAGGCGGUGGCAUACUGGAUUGCACAGGUGAUUGGCGGUGUUCUUGGCGCACUUUUUGGUAUUGUGGUGAACGGGUUUCCUCGCCACUUACCUGCUCCCCAGGUCUAUCAAAACCUUCCAGCAUACAUCUUUACGGGAUUCCUUGCGGAGGCGUUGUUCACGGGGUUCUUGGUGACCGUUGUUCUUCACGUCGCAUAUUCCCGCCAACGCAAUAGUCAUUAUUACGGCCUGGCCAUUGGCAUGUGUCUGCUCACCGCCAGGUACUCCGUGGGCAGCGUGUCGGGCGGUGCCUUUAACCCCGCCGUUGCGACCGGUCUUCAGUUAACGAAAUGCAUCGCGGCGGGGUACUGCAUUCCUUUGAUGCAUCUUUGGUUGUAUUGGGCAGCCCCUGCCGCAGGGGCUCUUGGGGCAUCACUGCUUUUUAAAAUGACACAUCCGGCGCCGCAGGAGACGGAGGAGGAGAAUCAGCGGAAGGCGUUGCAGCGUUCCGCCAGGCAUCUUUACGGAUCGUAA